AUGACGAACGGUUUAUGUAGUAGUGUACAAACUCCAUUGACUGAAACAACGGAUGAGACAAUUGCUCCUGAUGAAUUUUGUAGUUAUUUCCAAGAUAAGUCAUGUGAUCAAACCCGCAAACAUAGAACCUUUUCUGGUUCUUCCUUGGAUCACUAUCUCGCUCCAGAUGCUCAAUAUGAAGUUAUUCCAGAACAGGAAAAUUAUCAUCAAAACUCGAGCAAUUUAACUAACACUAUAUCAACUUUAAAUUAUGACCAAAACUAUUAUAACCAGAAUAAAGUUAAUUUUGGUUACAAUAACCCUGGAGGUAAAAAUGUACCACCAAAAACCUUAAAUCUAAACCAACAGGCAAGAAGAAAUUUGGGUUCUAACAUAUCUGCCCUUAUACAGAAUUUGGGUGGAAAUCCUGCUGGAUUACUCUAUGGAGAUGCUACAACAGAAGAUGAGGCUCAAGUGCAAGGAUGUCACAGUGACGGUACUAUGGAUUCGGGUUGGCAAAGUGGUUCUGAAAAAACUGAAACUCGUAAACAAGAGGAAGAAGAAGAAGAAGGUGUUCAUAAACCGGUCAAAGUGUAA